AUGUAUCUUGAGUCUCUGCUUCGAAGGGCGUCGACCUGCGACUUGUUCGCCUGGGCUUCUGCCUUGGCCCUCGCUUGUGUGAUCACAACUGCGAUUUACCGACUAUAUUUCCACCCUCUUGCAAAGUAUCCCGGCCCAUUCUUGGCUCGUGUGUCGAGUUUCCCAUCCUAUUGGCAUACCCUCAAAAGAGACAGGCAUAUUUGGCUUUGGCGCCUACAAGAGGAAUAUGGUCACACGUUUCGCUACCGCCCAAACAGCGUGCUCAUCAACACGCCUGCGGCAUAUCGUACACUUUUUGGGCCUCAGGGCAACGUCAAGAAGGCCCUCUACUAUGAAGUUUGGCCACGAAACGUAGAUGCAUUGACUACAUGGAACAGCACGACCAUUGCAACCCAUGCGCGAAAGCGCCGGGUGCUCAAUCAGGCAUUCUCAAACGAGGCGCUCAAGUCUAUUGAGCCAUUCGUGCUGUCCAAUGCUGACAGGUGGUGUGAACUUAUUGCCAGCGAGGCUGCUAGGGGCACCAGCGGUUGGUCGCAGUCCCUGAACAUGGCCGAUUGGGUCAACUGGCUUGUUUUUGACAUCCUGGGCGAUCUCUGCUUUGGAAAGUCCUUUGACAUGAAGGAGCCCAAGAGCGAGCUACGAUAUGUACCCCAUCUCAUGGCAGAGUUUCUGGUGCUCAUGCAUCCUAUUGCUUACUCGCCGUUUGCUGGAUUCUGGGUAUGGGCAAAGCCAAGAGGGUUGGACUACCUGCUGUCCUUCGCAUCGCCUCCGGCUCUGAAGAAUUGGGAAUCGUUUGUGGAAAAGUGUCUUGCAGACCGUACCAAGAUGGAAGCCGACCUGGAGAAAUCGGAAAAGACGGUCGAAGGGCGCAAGGACUUCUUUCAUUACCUUUUCCACGCGGUGGAUCCAGAGACAGGCAAGAGAGGAUUUCCACUGGAUGAACUCUAUGGUGAGGCCGAGUCUCUGAUCAUUGCUGGUUCCGAUACUACCUCAAUCAUCAUGAGUGCCAUGUUCUUCUAUCUGGCUCGAAACCGAGUGGUUCAGGAGAAGCUCGCAAAGGAGGUUCUCUCGACGUUUGAGAGUGCGGCCGAGAUCAGAAGCGGGCCCAAGCUUGGUAGCUGCAAGUACCUGCGCGCCUUCAUCCAGGAGGCUCUUCGCAUGACACCACCAGUGAGCGCGGAGCCUUCGCGAACAGUCAUGAAGGGUGGCACGACUGCUGAUAGCCAGUACUUCCCCGAGGGGACGGACAUCAGCGUCGGCUUGUAUUGUCUCAGUUACAGCAAGGACGUCUUUCAGGAUCCUUUCCAGUUCAAGCCGGAGCGUUGGAUUGUCGGCGAGGACGGUGCGACAGAGGAGAGUGUUGAGCUGGCCGAAUCUGGAUUCUGUGCAUUCUCCUAUGGAUCCCGUGGCUGUCCGGGUAAGCAGGUUGCCUGGAUGGAAAUGACCAUUGUCAUGGCCAAGGUUGUAUUCAACUUUGAGCUCAGACCGGAUGCCGAGAACAAGCUUGGCGCUGGCGACCCGAUGAAUGGAAAACCUGGACGCCGGAAUGCGGAACAGUAUCAGACCUAUGAUGCGUUCGUAUGUAUGAGAGAUGGACCGAUGGUGCAGUUCAAGAAGCGAUAG